GUGGCGAUGGGAGCGCCCGCCGCCCACGCAGCACAGGGCAGGCUGCCGGGAGCGGGCGCAGCAAGGCAGCCCUGAUCCGAGUGGGCAGGGAGAGGCGAAGGCAGCGCUCGCCCCGCUGGCCGGCAGCCCGCUCAGCGCGCCUGGAGCCGGGGCAGAGGCUAUGCCGCGCUAGCCAUGUCCAAGCCCCCGCCCCCCUCCUACGGCAAGAACGGGCUGGGGGACGGGCUGCACCCCCCCGUCUUCCAGGUGUCCCGCGGGACGGCGACCCGGCGGAGCCGCUUGAAACGAUCCGACGGCAGCACAACGUCCACCAGUUUCAUCCUCCGGCAGGGAUCAGCAGAUUCAUACACAAGCAGACCAUCAGAUUCUGAUGUAUCUUUGGAAGAGGACAGAGAAGCAAUCCGCCAGGAGAGAGAACAGCAAGCAGCUAUUCAGCUUGAAAGGGCAAAGUCUAAACCUGUAGCGUUUGCAGUUAAGACUAAUGUGAGUUACUGUGGCGCACUGGAUGAAGAUGUUCCUGUCCCAAGCACUGCCAUCUCUUUUGAUGCCAAGGACUUUUUGCACAUUAAAGAGAAAUAUAAUAACGACUGGUGGAUAGGAAGGCUGGUUAAAGAGGGCUGUGAGAUUGGCUUCAUUCCAAGCCCACUUAGGCUGGAGAAUAUCCGAAUUCAGCAGGAGCAGAAGAGAGGACGUUUCCAUGGAGGGAAAUCAAGUGGAAAUUCUUCUUCAAGUCUUGGAGAAAUGGUGUCUGGCACAUUUAGAGCUACACCCACUUCCACAGCAAAACAGAAACAAAAAGUGACGGAACAUGUUCCUCCUUAUGACGUAGUGCCAUCCAUGAGGCCUGUUGUGUUAGUUGGCCCAUCUCUGAAAGGUUAUGAGGUAACAGACAUGAUGCAGAAAGCCCUCUUUGACUUCCUGAAGCACAGGUUUGAUGGGAGGAUAUCAAUAACUAGAGUGACAGCCGACAUUUCUCUUGCUAAGAGGUCUGUCCUAAAUAAUCCGAGCAAGAGGGCAAUAAUUGAGCGGUCGAAUACCAGGUCCAGUUUAGCUGAAGUGCAGAGUGAAAUUGAAAGAAUCUUUGAGUUGGCAAGAUCCUUACAGCUGGUUGUCCUAGAUGCGGAUACUAUCAAUCAUCCAGCACAACUUAUUAAGACAUCUUUAGCACCGAUUAUAGUUCAUGUUAAAGUGUCAUCUCCAAAGGUUUUGCAGCGACUGAUUAAAUCCAGAGGAAAGUCACAAAGUAAACACUUAAAUGUUCAGUUGGUGGCAGCUGAUAAACUUGCACAAUGUCCACCAGAAAUGUUUGAUGUCAUUUUGGAUGAAAAUCAGCUUGAGGAUGCGUGUGAACAUUUGGCAGAAUACCUAGAGGCAUAUUGGCGUGCUACGCAUACCACCAGUAGCACACCUAUGACUCCUCUUCUUGGAAGAAACCUAGGAUCGACUGCCCUUUCACCAUACCCUACUGCAAUCUCUGGAUUACAGAGCCAGCGUAUGAGACAUAGCAACCACUCUACUGAGAACUCUCCAGUUGAACGAAGAAGCCUAAUGACCUCUGAUGAAAAUUAUCACAAUGAAAGGGCUCGGAAGAGCAGGAACCGCUUGUCUUCCAGUUCCCAACACAGCCGAGAUCAUUACCCACUUGUGGAAGAAGAGUACUCUGACUCUUACCAGGACACUUACAAACCCCAUAGGAACCGAGGAUCGCCUGGAGGAUAUAGCCAUGAUUCACGACAUAGGCUUUGAGUUUAGGAACCUGGGGAAAAAUAGUAUUCAUUAGUUGACAACUUUCCAUAACAUAGCUAGGAAAAACAAAUCAUCUUAAUUUAGCAGGUGUAACACAGUUUUACUGUAGUUACAAGCUGCUGUCAUUUGAUGCUUAAAAAAAGGAAGAGGGGAAGAAAUUCACAAUGCCCUGAUGUUUAGGAGGAAAUUAGCUUGCCCAAUCAUCCUGGAUUUUUUUUUAGUACAGCAUUUGCAUUUAUAGCAGUACCUUUUUUCCUCGUUAGCUAUUAAACAUAUCAGUUCAUAAUUUAGGGUACUUAUAAAGGCACAUAUAAAACAAUUUCCUGUGCUGGAAAUUCCAAAUGACCAGUUCCAGUUGGAACCAAUUUAUAAACCAAUUCUUGUUGGAAUUUGGGUGAACUGACUGGAAAGUCGACUUGAACAAGUUGCAAUCAAUUGAAAAAAAAUGCAGAUGAAGAAAUAGAAAAUUAACCACUAUCAGCCAAAAAUCAGCUACAGUAUGUUUGCUGGAAGCUAAAUUUACACUCAAGGUUAGAAUAAAAACAUUUUAAUGUAUAUUCACUUUUCCUGACUGGCUUUUUCAGACUAACCAAAUGUAAACCAUUUGUAGUGCCAAAUAUCACAAAUUAAUGCAGCAGUUUCAAAGUACUUUCCUGUUUGAAAAUUUCUUUAUUUUUUCUCCUGACACGUACGUUGCAGCAAUUUUUUUUUCAUUUGUUUAGUCAGUACUGAUACUUUUGUUGUGGUCAGCAAUGAUGAUACGAACUUCAGCAACGUGGAAGAGACCAGUAGGAGUAUGAACAAACCCAAGCCUAGCAGGAAUGACGAGUUUGAGAGUACAUGGCUGUUCUUUCUUUGGUUCAUCACAAAAUCCAAUAUCAAACAGUAGAGAUGUGAUGCUUUUUCUCCCAUUCUCAAUGUUCUGCCAUGUCAAAUAGAAAACUGAUCCAUUCUCCCAACCACGCAUGUUCAGCAUGUACUGUAUUUACAUUCCCACACAAUUGAGUACCUUCACAUUACGUUUUUCAGUUUCCCUCUUUGAAUGUCUGAAAAUUCCAGCAUCACACAAGAACCCUCCCUAGCCACAUCAUUUAAAUUUUAUUGAUAAAAGCAGAAUUUUUUUUCCAAAUGGCUGUAAAUUAUAAAACAAAGAUUCCGAAAGAUACAGCUUGCAAUAAAAACAGAAUAGAGUACCACAGAAGGUCUGCUCACUGUAAAAUUAUAGAGCUGACAUUUUUAAUUCAAAGAACUAUGAUAAAGUCUUUGGAGAUUUUGCUGCCUUACUUCUAAUGAACACUGCUUUUCACCUACUGACUAUUCAGUUUUUUUUAAUGGAUGCAUUUAUAUAGUUAGACCUUAUAUCUUACAUUAUCAUCGAAGCCUUAGAUCCAAUAUGAUUGAAAUAAUUAUUGUAAUUGACCAUUUUAUACAACACACUGGUGUCGUUAAGCAUAGACUCUUUCUAAAACACCCCAGACACUGCAUGCAUUUUCUAAAACUGACAGAACUAUGUGUAAAAUAUCAUUUUAUGCUGGUUCAUGUCAAAGCUAUUUUUUGAAAAUGAAAGUAAUUAUGUUUUUAUAUUUUCCUGUUUCUUUCCCAAAGCCUCCUGAGAGGUAGGCUAUAAAAGCAUGUAGCACUAAACAAAUUUCCUGAACGUUAUGAUGUCUUCUAUUUUCUGGACCAGUUAACAAGGAUGCUUUUGAUAUUUUUCCCUGCUAGUGAGCCUGAGCAUCUGCUUAGUGAUGACAACUUGAAAUGUAAUUCACUACAUAUCUGAUACAACCAAAAUAAUACAUGUCUCUAACAGCAAAAGAUAAUGGAUGCAACUCUGGCUUUUUGGACAGGUUUACUGCAUAAAAGACGCCUUUAAUGAUCUGUCACUAGAUGAUUCAGUUGGGCCAAUUGUCAACAACUAAAACAUAAAAUACUUGCAUCCACUGGAGUAAUAAAGUUAAGAAUUAACAUAUAGGGUCAGUCCCUGCUGCCCUUUUUCAGGUUACACUCCUAUUGAUCUCGGUGUGAGUUUGGCCUGAGGCACUAAUGCAGGAUCAGCCCUCAUAGUGGUGGCAUAUGCUGCCAUUUCUAAUAUCUUAUGUUACAACACAGUGGAACAUUCUCCAAUAAUAUUUACAAGUCUUUGUUACAUGUACAGCACACAUCUGCAUGAGAAAGAAGGUAUUAGGCAAAACAUUUUUCUAUAAGCUUUGACAGUUUCUUUUUGUGUGCAUUAAAGUAUUAAUUGCAAAGAAUGCACUGAAAUGUGUAAAGCUAGAUUAGACAGCUGUUUAUCUUUAUUCUGUAGUAGGAUUAGGAAUCAGAUCAUUAACUGCUUGAAGAUAUUUGCAUUUUAUGACAGGUAGCUGCAACACCACUAAUAUUUUCUAGUAAAUGAGAUUACUGCUUUAUCAUUUCAGAGACAAAAAUGUCAUUUAUUUUUUAAAGCCUUCUGGAGCCUUGUUUUAAAGUCUUCCAUGUCAUGCUAGUAAAGGGAAAGAUCCCCACAACACACAUGCACAAAAUUCACCUGCUGCAUUGUCUGAAGUGCCAAAACCACUUUUGUUUAACGUUCUUAUGAAAAUAACCUGUUGAAAGUAGUCAUGUAUAUGUCUUGAAGGAAAAUUUUGAAUGUUUACCUUAAUUCUGCAGGUUUAUUUUAAGUUUACCUUCCUUUUCUGUAUGAUUUAUACCCCCUCAUUCUAAUACUUAAAUAUCAUCAAAGUUUGCUUUUUUUUUUUUUUUUGCUUUUGUUUUGCAGGGAGAUAUAUACUCUUAAAGUAUAUGUUUAUAUAAAAUGCUGACAGGAAUACAUUUCAUUGUGAGUAAAUGCUAUUGGGAAUCUUUCUUUUACAAAUUAUUUUUUAAGAAACAAGAAAAAUAAUAAGAGCUGCAAUGCUGAUUAAGGCCAUUUAAAUUCAUAGUAUAAACUAUGUAUUAGAACUUCUACAAUGUUAGCCAGCCAUCUUGUGUGGGUUUUUUAUGCAAUGGCUUUAUGUGAAGAUGUGAAAUUAAUGUAGUCCUGAAUGAGUAGGAAUAAGACUAAUUUUUCCAAUUCCUGCUAUAAUUUCUCAUGAUUAUUAUAACCUGAUUAUAGUAACAAUCAGGAUUCUACUGCUACGCUCCAGUAUAUGCACAAAUAUUUAUUUAGAAAUGUUUAUAAAAUGUUGAUGGUUCUUUGUUAUUUUUAUAGGUUUUUAUUUAAGACUUUUGGGGUUAAUGAUAAUUUAGGCAGUGAUAGCCUAUGCUGAUAUGACAGUCUCAGUGACAUGAUCAUCUAAAGACAGUAUGCUUCAAUGCAUUCAUUUGCCUGACUAUAAUUGAAGAAUGAAUUAAUUUUAAAAUAUGGCUCAUAUUUAUGAGAAUUGUAAUUGUUCCCCUCAAACUUGAAUUAUUAUUUUUUAAUUUUACAGAAUGUUUUCAUCUCUUUUGCUAUUUAUAUAGUUGAGCAACAGGCAGUUGUAAACUGGGUACAUUUUCUGACAUACAAUAUAUUAGGAAAUUAUUGUUUUUUAAAAAAGAAGAUAACUAAAACUGUUUUGAAGUCAUUUUAACUUAAACACUGUGGGCCAUAUCAUGCCAUCAUUUUCGAAACAAAACUUUCUGUUGAGUUUAGUGGAUCACUCUGCUUAGAAAUCCAUGUACAUUAUGACCCUGGGACCUAGAUUUUGCCCGCAGAAGUGAGUUUCCCAUUGAAGUAAGUGGAACUUGCACCCUGACUACUUAUUUUUGUGCUCAGUAAAGCAAGAGUGGUUUUUGUAGCAAUAGCUUUUGCUAUUUAUGCUACCUCUUGGCUAGAGAACAUGAGCCUGAUUCUGAUCUCCCAUAUUUCUGACUUACACUUAUAAAGCCA